AUGGCCGUGGUCGUGGCUGCGGGCGGCGGGGACGCCGCGCCCGCGCACCGGAGGCUGGGCGGGUACCUCCGCGCGGUGGUCUCCGUCCCGGCCGCCGACUCCAAAUCCCUCCGCCCGCUCGCCCCCUGCCCGCUCUCCGCCUGCGCGCCGCUCCCCGACGACGCGACCGGCGGGCGCGCGGGCCUCGCCCCGCGGGGGCCGGCCAAGUGGCGGGCCACCGGCGGCGGGGGCACCAGCGUCGUGCGCCACCUGCGGGCCCUCGUCGCCGCGCGCUGCGUCGAGGUGGAGGGCAGGGUGCUCCGCGUCGUGACGCGGGACGCGGAGGAGGAGGCCAGGGCGGUGGUGCUCGUCGACGUGUACCUCCCCGUCGCCGCCUGGUCCGGCUGGCAGUUCCCGCGCUCGCGCUCCUCCGCGGCCGCCGCCGUCUUCAACCACCUCAGUUGCAACUGGGAUGCCAGGAAUGCUUUACUUGCUUUUGAUUGGACUUCUCAUGACAAUCCACAUUCUGAUGACCAGUAUAUUUGGAACUGCACCGACUGUCAUGUCCUUGGCUGCGAGCUUCAUCAGAUACCAUCUGUAUCGAAUAAGGACAAGUCAUUUGACCUGCACGAAAUCUUCAAAGUUCUCCCCAGUGUUAGGGUGGAGAAGGGGAUGCAGAUAACAACAAUAGUACCAGAUGUUAUAUCGGAUGAAAUAGGUAUCUGGUCUAUCCCUGAUGAUAUAUUGAGUAAGGUGCUGACUCGCCUUAAACCCGGGGAUUUGAUAAGAGUGGCGGCUACUUGUCAUCACAUAAGGACUCUUGCUGCCUCUAUUAUGCCUUGCAUGAAGCUUAAGCUUUUUCCUCACCAAGAGGCGGCUGUCGAAUGGAUGUUGAGGCGAGAGCAAAACCCUGAGCCCUUAGCGCAUCCUCUGUGCAAGAAUUUCUGUACUGAGGAUGGCUCUCCUUUCUUCAUAAAUGUUACCUCCGGUGAAAUAUUCACCGGGAUUGCUCCAACCAUAAACGAUUUCUGCGGAGGCAUGUUCUGUGAUGAACCUGGAUUAGGGAAGACAGUGACCGCAUUGUCUCUUAUUCUCAAAACGCAUGGAACGUUAGCAGAACCUCCAAGAGGGGUGGAUAUAAAGUGGUGCACUCAUAAACCAGAUAAAAAGUAUGGAUACUAUGAAUUCAACACCGGCAACUGUUCAAACAGUUUGUCUGAAUCAAAAAGACUCAUGGGGAAGGAUGUUGUUAAAGAAGAUCCAUGUUCAAGUGAGGUAUCACAUAAUGGUGACUCUGUUCCCAGUACAAGGUCAUCAAGAAAGAGAGGCAGGUUAGUAGACCCUGGUCUAUCGACGAUCAACAUGCAUGUUUCAAGUGAGAAGUCACCAGAAUCAUGCAAUCCACAUCCAACGCCAGCUACUCAAGUACUAAAGGUCACCAAAAACUUGAAAAGUGUUAGGAAAAACCUCAUGAAUGCUUACAGCAAAGAUUCAGUUGGCAGUAAAAGGAAGAGAGGCACCGUGUCUGAGUUAAGUGAGACAUGGGUUCAGUGUGAUGGUUGCAGAAAGUGGCGGAGGUUAUCAGAUGGAACUGUUCUUGAUUCUACCACGGCAUGGUUUUGCAGUAUGAAUACCGAUGCUGCACGGAAGACAUGCACUGCUUCAGAGGAAUCCUGGGAUGUCAAGAGAAAGAUAACCUAUUUGCCAGGAUUUUACAAGAAAGACGCGCUGCCAGGAAAUGAGCAGAAUGUAUCAUUUUUCACAAACAUAUUGAAAGAUCAUAUUUCUUUGAUCAACUCGGAAACCAAGAAGGCUUUAUUGUGGUUGGCACAGCUUCCUCUCAGGAAACAUCUCGAAAUGGAAUCAGUUGGUUUGACACGUCCAGUUCUAGAUGCACGUGCAACCACAGGCAAGGGUGCCCGCCCAUAUUUCAAGUUAUUUCAAGCUUUCGGUCUUGUGAGGAAGAUUGAGAAAGGUGUAACUCGGUGGUAUUAUCCAUCUAUGCUUGAUGAUUUGGCCUUUGACUCGGCUGCACUUGGAAUUGCUCUUGAAAACCCGCUGGAUUUAGUGAGGUUAUAUUUAUCUAGGGCGACCUUGAUAGUUGUGCCUGCUAAUUUAAUUGAUCACUGGACAACACAAAUACAACGUCAUGUCUCUUCGGAUACACUUAAUGUUUAUGCAUGGGGAGAUCAUAAAAGGCCGCCUGCUCACAUCCUUGCUUGGGACUAUGAUAUUGUCAUAACCACAUUUAGCAGAUUAAGCGCAGAAUGGGGACCAAAUAAGAAGAGCGUUUUAAAGCAGAUCCAUUGGUUUAGGGUAAUAUUGGAUGAAGGGCACACUUUAGGUUCCAGUCUCGCCCUGACAAACAAAUUGCAGAUGGCCGUUUCUUUGGUUGCUUCAAACAGGUGGAUUUUAACUGGUACGCCUACACCGAACACACCAACUAGUCAGGUUGCUCAUCUUCACCCCAUGCUCAAGUUUCUUCAUGAAGAAGCUUAUGGUGAAAACUACCACUCAUGGGAGUCUGGAAUUCAUAGGCCCUUUGAGGCUCAAAUGGAAGAGGGGCGCAUUCGUCUUGUGGAGCUACUUCGGAGGUCUAUGAUUAGUGCAAGAAAAGCAGAUCUCAAAAACAUCCCUCCUUGCAUAAAACGAAUAACAUUCGUAGACUUUAGUGAGGGGCAUGCAAAAAGUUACAAUGAGCUGGUUGUUACUAUUCGCCGGAAUAUACUGAUGGCUGAUUGGAAUGACCCUUCCCAUGUUGAAUCACUUCUGAAUCCCAAGCAGUGGAAAUUUCGUACUACUACUAUAAGAAAUGUCCGGUUGUCUUGCUGUGUUGCUGGGCAUAUUAAAGUAGCAGAAGCUGGUCAUGAUAUACAAGAAACUAUGGAUGAGUUGAUGCAUGGGGGUCUUGAUCCUUCUUCAGAGGAAUAUCAAUCCAUAAGAUUUGCUCUUUUAAAUGGUACCGAUUGUAUCAGGUGUCGAGAUUGGUGCCGCUUACCUGUUAUAACACCUUGUCGGCAUCUGCUAUGCCAUGAUUGUGUAGCUUUAGAUAGUGAGAAAUGCAUAGAAUGUGGCAACAAUUACGAGAUGCAGUCUCCCGAAACUCGUGCACGCCCAGAAAAUCCAAACCCAAAAUGGCCAGUCCCAAAGGAUCUAAUUGAAUUGCAGCCCUCAUAUAAGCAGGAUGAUUGGGAUCCAGAUUGGCAGUCAACGACAAGCAGCAAAGUUGCUUAUUUGAUCGAGAAGUUGAGAAGUUUGCGAGAAGCGAACAGAAAACAUUUGAACUCCACGAAUGUAACCACUGGUGCUGGUCUUGCUAAUAAAUCGUCUUAUCAAGACGAUAAUAACCCACAGACCAGGUUACCACAGACAUUGCCUGACAAAGUAAUUAUAUUCUCCCAGUUUCUUGAGCAUAUUCAUGUGAUUGAGCAGCAGCUAACUAUUGCUGGAAUAACAUAUGCUGGAAUGUACAGUCCCAUGCCUUUAGGCACUAAGAGAAGUGCAUUGACGAAGUAUAAAGAGGAUCCAACAUGCAUGGCUUUACUGAUGGAUGGCACCGCAGCACUGGGUCUUGAUUUGAGUUUUGUGAAUCAUGUUUUUCUGAUGGAACCCAUAUGGGAUAGGAGUAUGGAGGAACAAGUUAUUAGUCGCGCGCAUCGAAUGGGUGCAACCCGUCCAAUAAAUGUUGAGACCCUGGCCAUGCGCGGCACCAUCGAGGAGCAAAUGCUCCAACUUCUGCAGGACACUAGCGCUUGCAGAAAUAUGGUUAACAAAGGUGCAAGCGGCACCGAGAAUGAAGGAGGGGCUCGGCCUCACCGUAGCCUACACGAUUUCGCUGAAAGUAGCUAUCUGGCGAAACUCACCUUUGUGAAGGGAUCUAACACGACGACAUGCAUGGAUGCAUGCUAGUGCUAGUAUAAAUUGAAGUGUCGCCAGAAGUUGUUUGUUUGUUUCCUUUGUUUUGAGAAACGAUCGAGGUCCUUCAAGUCAUUCUUUUGCAGCAGUAAAUAAUAAACAGAACUCUGAUGGUCUUUGGGUGGAAUAUAUGUGCCUUUUUUCCCUUUAA